AUUGUAGCGAACGGAACGUCAACGACAGCUCAUCCUUUAGAGCCUGUUCUUCCAAAGAAAACAACCCCAUUUAAGAAAUGUGAGAAGAUCAAAAUACCUUUGUGUCAGGGCAUCGGCUACAACUUCACCUACAUGCCAAACAUGUUCAACCACGACACACAGGAAGAAGCGGCGCUUGAAGUUCACCAAUUCUGGCCGCUAGUCGAGAUCAAAUGUUCGGCUGACCUGAAGCUCUUCCUGUGCUCCAUUUAUACUCCUAUAUGUCACUCGAACUUUGGGAAAGAAAUUCCCCCAUGUCGAUCGCUUUGCCAAAAAGCAAGGGAAGGUUGUGCGCCUCUUAUGCGCCAGUACGGCUUUUCGUGGCCCAAGCAAUUGAGAUGCGAAAAUUUUCCGAAAUUCGGCCAUAAGAUAUGCAUAGGACGAAACGGAAAUUCAGCUAAAGGAUCCGUAACGACAUCUUUACCUUCAGUCGCUGUUCUUCCAACGAAAACUUUGACCGCUCCAAAGAAAUGUAAAAAGAUAAAAAUACCUUUCUGCCAAGGUAUUGGCUACAACCGUACCUCACUGCCAAACAUCAAGGAGGAAGAUGCCGUCUAUUUCCAACAGUUCAGGCCACUAUUUGGAGGCAAGUGUUCUCCAAAUCUGAAGCUCUUUCUUUGCUCCAUGUACGCUCCUGAAUGCCGACCGAAUGUCACAGACCCACUUCCUCCUUGUCGCUCGACUUGCAAACAAGCGAAGAGAGGUUGUGCUCCUUUCAUGCGCUUGCAUCACGUUCGUUGGCCCAAGAGAUUGAGAUGCAAAAAUUUUCCAAAAGCUGGAGGCAAGAAGUCGUGCAUAGAUCCGAACGGGAUUGUACAUAAGGGUGCAUAAACAAUACCUCCAUAACAACAUCUGCAGCUACUACCAAACAGAGCGGAGAACCAAAAAGACUGACUUUUAAACCGCAACAUUUGGGCGCCAUUUUCUAAUAUUGGACGUCAUUUAUAUCAUUAAUCAUACAUCGUCAUAUUUUGCGUUAGAUGUGUUAUUUGAAAAAACAAGCCAUACAGUAAUGAUGACGUGGAUUACCGAAAGCUUGCGAUUUUGAAUCUUAAAUUUCAUAAGCAGUUUAAGCCUUAUUUGAACUUUAAAAUUGAUCGUUCAAGUUCACUUCAACUCUUCUUCUAUUUCUGAGAAAGAUGUGCGCUAGCGGAGAAAAGUAAAUAAAUAUUAAUUUGUUAUUGAGGUCAAAGUAAAAGUUAUAUGAAAUAUAAUUUUCAAAUGUGAUGGGGAGGUAGUCUUGUAAAGAUCCCUUCCAUAUAACAGUCAAGUUUUAAUUACCCCAUAAAAAACAAAAAUAUCAGUAAUCUUUGAAAUAAAAGUUAUAUUCAUUGUUUUUCUUGGUCGACCAGUGCACAAAAAUCCAAUUUGCGUGAAAUUAAUAAAUAAAGUGUUCUCUUGCUGUAUCACAGAA